ACAAAAUUAAUAAAAGGGUCUGAUCCGAGGAGACUUAGUAGAGAUGAGCAGAGAAGCCAUGCUGGGUGUGUACUGGACUGCCAUCACCGUUGUCUGCAUCGGCAUAGCUGGUGUCUCUGGAUCCAAGAUUAUCGAUGGAUAUGAAGUCACCCCCCAUAGCCGACCCUACAUGGUCUACCUGAAAUAUACUAGGGGAAACGAUAUGUUCAGCUGUGGUGCGUUCCUCAUUACAGAGAAUGUGCUGCUGACAGCUGCUCAUUGCCUAGGAGAGUAAGUUUCUUUACAGUGUU